AUGUCGCUGACCUUCCAAAUGUCGCAACCCGCCAUGGUUCUUCGAAUACUCUUAUAUGAGUGCUUGGAGAAAUUCUGCUGGGCAUCACCAGUCGAUAGUCCCGGUUCGAGGCCGGAGGACUGGCCCUUGUCUAGCAGCUUCAAGAGGUUUCGCCUGUGGUGUGGAAACGCUGAACUACUUGUCGGCGACCCUGCCAAUGGACUUCUGCCUUCCACACCUCACCUACGUCUACUAAAUCGAGUGAUAGUCAUCUUGCUUAGACUUUCUAAAUGUCUGGACGACUAUAACCCAAAGACGAACAUCAUCAUCGAGCAAAUGGAAUCCUGGAUAGACAGUUGCGUCGGGUCCCUGACAGUUCUGUCGUUGCUCGAAGCGGAGGAUGAAGACAUGGGAGGCUACGAUGACAGCGACUUCGGAGACAAGGAAUCCGUAUUUUCAUGCGAAGAUCAACGAAACGAACGAUCAGAAUCAACGUCGCCGCACCCAGAUCUAGAAUUCCCAAAUGGGUCGGACGGAGAUAUGGGUCUGGACGAAGCUGUUCCAACCGAAGCACAACUGCUGGUCAACCGGAACUACUCUUUCAAUAGUGAGGAAGACGUCGGCGUCGGAAAUGCAGCGCUGAUGACCGCUGCUGGCGAGAGAGGGCACUCGGGACUCGUCAAGAGGCUUAUUCAAUCCGGCGUCAAUGUCAACUCGCAAGACAGCUACGGCCGGACAGCUCUAUUCAACGCCGUUCGUUGCGGCAGCAGGUCUACAAUCAAGGUGCUCCUAUUUCACGGCAUCGACGAGACGUUGAGCGACGAGGAUGGCAUGACGGCGCUCGAAACGGCCAUCGAAGAGGGAAACAGGGACAUUAUCAACAUGCUGUUCCGCCCAUCAAUCUACAAGCUGUUCGUACCUCCCUAUCGUGAGACACCGCUUGAAUGGGCGCAUGCGCACAAUCACCAGGCUGCGGUCCAGAUCUUUCUGAAGAUGCAGAAGAGGGGACUGCAGAGGAAGAGCCAGAGUGGCAGCAAGAGUGACGAGGACGAUAUGGAAGACAACUACGUCGAAGCGACAGGGAAUACGAUUUCAGGCCAGGGCUGGCAUGCCCUCAUCAACCCGCUCCUGGAGCAAAGCUUCGACAUCAACUGCGUGAUGACGCUGACUCAGGACAAGUUCCCCAUCCACUACCUGGCCUUUGCUCAGGACGGGAAAGAUCUUGUGGCAAGCAACGUUUCCGACAUAAUGACCUGGUCCACAGAAAAUUGGAGGGCGAGGCAUCAGGUCCCCGGCCCAAAGGCCGCUGUAGUAUGGGAUCCCGCAACGUGGCUGCGUAGGGAGCGCCUCAACAAUACCAAGCUGCGUCUUAACGACUUUGAGCCAGUCACUCUGCUUGAUCUCUCCACCUCCGGUCGAUACCUCGCAAUCGGUCGUGGCGAAGGCACUAUCGAUGUAUACAGCGUGCAUACCAUGAUCAAAGUCCGAGAGUUUCCCACGGGCGAGUACAUCUCAUGCCUCAGAGUCUCUCCAAACGAUCGCUUCGUAGCCGCAUGCUGCAGCGGUACUUUCCGCCUCUACGACCUGCAGACAGGGGAGAGAAGCUGGGGCCCCUGUGGCAACCUCCAAUGCGCCGCCUCCGUGGAUAUCUCGCCGGACGGCAGGUAUCUCGUUACAGGGGGGUUGGAACAUCUUGAAGUCUGGGAUCUGGAACGGCGUCGGCGUGUCCAUCGCAUCCCGAACCAGUGGUAUCGUAUUUUCAAGGUGGCAUUUACCCCGGACGGGAGAUGGAUCGCGGCCGCCUCGACUGAUGGCUGCGUUCGUUUCUGGGAUUGGACCACCGGCCAGCUUCAGUUCAUACUCAGGGCGCAUACGAGCGAGAUUCGGGCAAUGGCAUUUGGACAAGAUGGGCAGUUUGCCACGGCUUGUGCUGACCAGACAGUGCGCGUGUGGUCGUAUAAGCUGCGAAGAGAGAAAGGGGGAAAGGGAAAAGUUGAAGCAAUUGUGCCGCAAGAGGCGGACAGCAACACAUUAAGAGAGACGGAUGAAUCAGAGGAGUCGAUGAGCUCUCAUCUUGGCCGGCUUCAACUGGGCUAG